ACUCUUAAUAAUAUGAAUUAUGUUAUGGUUUUUUUUCUUAAUAAAAUGAUUUAACAAUGAUUGCCAGUUCUAAGUGUAACCUGUUGAUCCACUUAUUAUAAUUUGUAUUUUAUUAACUGAAAAUAAUUUAUUUAUUUAUUUUAAUCGUGAAUGCCAUCAACACCAUAGACUAAAGUCUAAUUGUUUAAUCUAAUGGUGUGUAUUUAGUAAUAUGGGGAAUACUGCAAGCUUAAAAAACCAUAUAGAAACAUCCAAAAAAACAGGUGUGUUAAAUUUAUCAGAUAAUCAUCUCAAACAAUAUCCGGACACCAUUGACGUAUUACAUCCAUUUUUAAGAACAUUGGACUUGUCGAAAAAUAAACUCAAAACAUUACCCAAAACUGUGGGUCAUUUUAAAGAGUUGAAAAUAUUGAACGUUAGCAAUAAUUCACUAGAAUAUUUACCGAGUGAAAUAAAUUGCUUGAUAAAACUUGAAACGCUACAAGCCAGUUACAAUAUUUUAAAAACGCUUCCUAUGUUUACUAAUCUGUCAAAUCUGAAGCGUGUGUCCCUCGAAGAUAACCAACUUACUGAGUUUCCAGAAUUUUUGUGUCAAUUAAAGCAUUUGGAAGCAUUGGAUUUGUCGAAAAACAAAAUUACUCAAGUACCUGAAUGCAUUAAAGAGUCAAGGUUAGUAGAACUCAACCUCAACCAAAAUCAAAUAAGAAAAUUGCCAACUACUCUUGCUGAAUGUACAAGAUUAAAGACGUUAAGAAUAGAAGAAAAUUGUUUGGAGCUUGUCGAUAUACCCAAAGAAUUGUUAACAUCAUCUAAAAUUUCAUUGUUAUGUACUGAUGGAAAUUUAUUUGACAUGAAGACAUUAAUGGCACUCGAAGAAUAUAGUAUUUAUAUGGCCAGAUACACAGAAGUGAAAAAAAAAAUGUUUUAACGUUGUAUUUUACCAUUUUUUUUUUUUUUUAACUUAUGUAACUGGUUUUAUUUUAUAUGUAACAUUUUUUUCAUAACAGUAUGUAAGUAUUCUAAUUCAAUAUUAAAAAUAUUUAUGCACAAUUUAUUUUUUUGUAUUAAACAAACACGCUUGUUAUGUACCUACUCGUGUAUUUAAUUAUUAUGUUUAUUUAUUGUUACAACAUUUUAUUAAGUCUAA